GAUUGUCCGAGGUUGUCGAUUUCCUAAUUUUUGAAGAAGAGGGUUGUCAGGAAUCUGUUUUUUUCCCUUCUUUUCUCAUUCAUUCAUUGGAAGCGUUGGAUAUCCACGUGGAACAUGCGAUGGGUUCGAUUCUUGGUCCGUCCAUUUACCCGGAAACCAACUGUUGUAAUAUCACAAAGCGACACGCUUUCUCGCAUCUUUCUCACCUCACGCAACUUGUAUACACAAGUAGCUGAAACUUGUUGUCUUGGUGACGGAGUACAGCUCGAUGAUUUUUGUAAACUGGGACCCAAUACCGUUGUUGGUGCAAAUAGCAAGAUAGGUAGAUUUACUGAGAUCGGCAGUGAUUGCCACAUCGGUUCCUUUGUACGUUUGGACUCCCACGUGCUAGUGGAUUCGAAUACAAUGAUUGGUGACCACUGCACCGUGUAUCCGUUCGCUGUAUUGGGGUAUCGACCUCAAGAUAAGAAAUACAAAGGAGAGCAAACGGGGUUGGAGAUCGGUAGUCGUUGUCAAAUCAGAGAGAAUGUGAAAAUUGAAAGAGGAACAAGUUUUCGAAACAAGACUGUUAUCGGCAACGACGUGUUGUUGAUGUCCAACGUUUAUGUGGGACAUGAUAGUUGGUUACAUGACCAUGUAACCGUAGCAAACAACGUCUCGAUUGCAGGUCAUGUCGAAUUGCAUCCCUAUUGUGUGAUUGGAGGACACAGUGCUUUGCAUCAGUUUGUUCGAAUCGGUCAAGGAGCUAUGAUAGGAGGUAAGACUAUCGUUGUGUUUCAAGUUGAGAGUUUACAAAAACCUCGAGGAAUGGCUGCCAUACGUAGAGAUGUGCCUCCUUUUUGUUUGGUUACUGGAACACCACCUCGUAUUCGAUGUCUCAAUUAUCACCAAGUGUGGAAAAAAGUAACCCAUCAUAAGCAUCGAAAGUGGAUGAAACAAUCUUUUGAUUAUCUUUUUGAUAGUGAUGAUGUAUCAAGCAUUCAUCAGCGUGCACAACAUUUGCUAUCUCAAUGUUCUUUGUCAAAAGAUGUGUCUGCUAUAGCGAGAUACGUGAUCCAAGAAAUGUGUACUUUUAUUCUAUCCUGCCAUUCUAGCGUUCGUGGACUAUUGACUCUUGUCCAUAAUAGAUAGCAAAAUAUAUCACUCGAUAAACUGCAAGAUACUAGUCGUUUGUUAAAAAUUGAUAAUCUGUGUCAACCAUGGAUGGCUUUCAAGAAACUGAAAUGCCGUUCUGAUGAAUAUUAUAAUAAAGAGCAAAUGUGACUA